GUAACUUUCGUGACAUCAACGUCAUGAUGUGAGCAAUAAAUUGAUGAUAUGAAUUGGAACAAAUAAUUUGAAAUUCUAGUGAUAAGUAUGUCUGAUUGUCGGAGCUGCAGAUCGUCAACAUCCCGUAGUUUAAGAUGUAAUAUAUGCGGGAAAACCUUUCCUUAUAAUCCAGAAUGCAUAGGAAAGCUUGGUCAGCAUAAUUGUGAAGAGCAUUGGAUCCAUAAAAUAGGGCAUUUUGUAAACAAAAAGUCGAAAUGUGGAACUCCGAUGGAAAUUCAAUGGAUCGCAAAUGCGAAAGUUAAUGUGAAGAGAUUGAAGAGAGAAAAUUUCCUAGACUUGUAUAAAACAACGAUUGAAAGCUGGCAUGAUGGGCCUACUGAAUUGCGAUGUUGUUCAUGCGGUUACGAAGGUCCUCCAUAUAUAAGGAAACAAAAGAAUAAGGUUACAUCUACACGUUUAGGACAAUAUCUUCUAAUGGCAUGUUGGCCUUUAUGUUUCGCACCGAUGGCAUCGCAAAAUGAAAUAACCCUAUAUUGUAAAAAGUGUGGAGCAUUGUUUGGUUCUUAUGAUAUGGACAAUGGUAUUCUAAUUCAGUCUUGUUGUACUUCUCGUGCUGAUUGCACUUCUUCGAAUUGUGGUAAAUGUUGAAUGCUCUUUUGAUGACAAUUAAAUAAUGAAUAACAAA